ACUGUCUGUUAUGACAACAAUAUUGAGGGUUAGAGAUGCAUGUUGAAUUCUUUGAAGUGAUCGUUAAAUUGAUUCACUCAUUAACUUGUUAGUCACGUCUAGCGACUCGAUUACUAAUCAAGACAUUGACCGUCUGGAAAUCGUGGAACAAUGACAGAUUACUGUUGAACAAACAAGAUAUUCUGCUGCUCAAUUAAGUAAAAUUCAUUCAUAAUAAACUAAACAUGUCAACAAAGAAGAAUAUUCUGGAGUUCGUCCGCGAGCAAGAUUUUGUGGAAUAUUUCCUAUUCCCAGAGGCUACUCCGCUAGAUAAUAAAGAAGAAGAGUUGAUGAUUAACAGUGUCCUGAGAGAAGUGAAUCUGAUUGCUAAGAAGUACACCAAGGAUUAUAUCUGGCACAGAGAUGAGUUUAAACUCACAGCCAGGACUUCAAUUUCAAAUUAUUUGUGCAAUGAAGAUGAUAGAGAGGACUUGCCUGCCCAUUUGUAUGGAGUGACACACUUUGGGGACAACAUUGAAGAUGAAUGGUUUAUUGUCCAUCUUCUCACUCAACUGACAAAAGAGAUAAAAGGCUUAGUUGUGAGGGUUGUGGAUAGUGAUAAUGAAUUUCUCCUGAUUGAAGCUGCUGACUUUUUGCCUUCUUGGGCUAAACCUGAGACUUGUUCUCAAAGAGUGUACCUCUAUGAUGGAAAACUGCACAUAAUUGCACCAUUAGAGAACUCUACCAAUGGUUAUGAUGAAGUUUUGAAAGUUACUGAGGCUGUUUCUGAAAUACGUCGAAAUCCUAGUCUGACAAUCGCCUCACAUGAUAUUCAGGCAGCAAUCAACAAAAAGACAAAAGAUUACCCCGCCCGCAUCAAAGAAAACCUCCAUAGAACAAAGGCGUAUUUGCCUGUGGCUAUCGCGGCCAUUUUGUCACACAAACCUAAUCUUAUAGCACCAGCUAUACUCGCUUUCUGUAACCGAGACAGUAUCGAUUUACGAGCAUGUCGAGCGAUGAAAUACUUCCCGCCUGAGAAUCGUAUUUAUUGCAGUGUUACAUUCACUAAAUUUUUAUAUGCAAUGAUCACACAUUCGAAAUAUUUACCAGAGAAGAAUAUUGGAUGGGAAUUACCGCCUGCAUCCAGUGAAAAAUACAAAGCGCAGUUGUUGGGAGUGAAAAUCGCGUGUGGAUUUGAAAUACUCGCUUCGCAGGCAAAGUCUAGUGCCGAUGUUGAAAGCGACAAAGCGUGGCAUGGUUAUCUCAAUAGUUUGAAAGCAAAAGGAUACUUUCAUGGCCUCUUGGAGCAUUCUAAAGAGUAUGAUAGUUUACUAUCGAAAGCGAGAGAGUUUUAUAAAGAGAAUCGUGACUCAAUGCAGUCAGCUCCUAUUGUUGGGCAAGAAAUCGUGCAAUUAUCGCGUAAUUUAGACAAAGAAGAAGUCGUGCGGAAUGAAGGAAGCUUACCAGAGGAUGACAGUGAAGAGUGGUUGAAUAUCUCCGCUGAGGAUUUAGAUCACAUGCUGCAAGAACGCUAUGGUGGUAAAAACAAUUCGACAUCUUUGAGUAAAACGGACGCUGGAAACUUCUCCAAAAAGAUAACAAAUUUUUUGGAGCACAUUUCCACCACGGAUGGCGCUGAAUUCCCCGAUGCUGAUCUCACAACAACUCAAGCACCGCCGCCAUCUUUAAAUUCAAACUCGAAUUCUAAACCGAAAAAUGGCGAGAAUAUCAACUUCGAUCCGAAUUCAUUCUCGUGCGCGGUCCAAAACAUUUUAAAUUUCGUCAUACCCGAGGAUGAUUCAUGGGAUCUGGAAUCAGAUUCAGAUAUGGAUGACUAUGGACAUGAAGAUGAGCGAGAAGUGCCCAUGGAAUAUGGCGAGUUAAAGACGAAAAUGAAGGAAUACAUGGAUCAAAUGGAUGCGGAGCUGGCUAAUACCACAAUCAGUGAAAGUUUCGUCACGAAAACUGAGGAAGGAAAGGGGCGAGAUGAAAAGGAUAACUUCGACGAUAUUGAAAACUUUAAGCCGAUUGAUAUCGACAUGAACGCGCUGAAGAAUAUUCUAGAGUCUUACAAGUCGCAGCUGGGUGAAGCAGGCCCGUCAAGCACGAUGUUGGGCCCAAUGGGUUUCCACUUGGAAAAGGAAGUCGAUUCGGACUAAGAGUUCGAAGUGAUAUCACGCAGCCAUAUCUUAGUUUUUCGCGCAGGGAGCUGCUCCAAACAACUUUUGUUUUACUUCUGCAGCCAUUUUGUUUUUUUUGAGCAAUCAACACGGAGUAUUAAUGCGUCCCGAAUUUUAAGUGCGUAACGUUACGUAAACUGCCUUUCCAGUAAUUUAAGUGAAAACUUUAAGUUUAUAUUUUUGUUACACAACAUAGUAUUAAAUAAUUUUACCUUGUGAAGGUCUAUUUUGAAGGUUUGAACCACUUGGGUAGCUUUUCGGUUGGUGGCGGGGCGACACGCGGCUCGUAAUCCAUUGAAUCACUACUAAUCGACGCGGGCGCCGCGUUUGUUUCCGGUGUCAGAUAUUCGGAGAUAUCCAUAUCGUCAUCAUCGGCAACACGGGGCACUCUAACAUUUUCCGUUCUAACAAACAAAUCAAUUAACUUUAAACGUGAACAACACAACGAACAAUCUACUUCUAGGUUAUAACUUAUCUAACCUUGCUUGGGACGCCGCGGUGGCAGCACUGGUUGUCGACACGACUUUAUCCAAGAUGUCGCUGCGCAAGUAAUUCUCGCGUUUGUCGUCGCAACCGAAGUGCAGUAAAGCGCCGGGGACGCACUCAGCCUCGAGGAGGUUCAUUGAAUUCUCCAGAAUCGUCUUCGGCGGAGUUGUGACUGCAAAAUAAAUAAAUAUAUACGAAUAUAAUAAUAUACUAACGCAAAAUAACCCCACAUAACCUCAAGAAAUUAUAUAACAAAAAUUUAUCUAUAUAUCAUUCUAUAAACAUUCAUGUUGUCAAGUUGCUUAAAAUUACAUUUAAUAAAAAAAUAACACUGUUGGAACUAAA